UCUGCCGCUUCGUCUCAGGUGAUUAGGGAAAGCCCGACGCACGCUGAGUCAGCAUCCUUGCACGCUGAGAUGACCCAAGAACAGUGCAGUCAUAGGAACAAUGUACAGAGUUCAGAGCAAGCACAAGUAUACAAAGUGGGAAUCUACGGAUGGAGGAAACGCUGCCUUUACUUCUUUGUCCUGCUGCUGAUGAUCCUCAUCCUUGUCAACCUGGCACUUACCAUCUGGAUCCUCAAAGUCAUGAACUUCACUAUCGAUGGCAUGGGCAACCUGAGAAUAACAGAGAAAGGCCUCAAGCUGGAAGGCGACUCGGAGUUCCUUCAGCCUCUCUAUGCCAAAGAAAUCCAGUCCAAACCGGGUCGCCCUCUGUACUUGCAAUCUUCCCGAAACGUGUCGAUCAACGUCGUGAACAACAACAACCAGCUGCUCACACAGCUCGUAACAGGAUCCGGUGGGUUCAAAGCACGGGGCAAGAUGUUCGAGGUCAAGUCCACGUCAGGCAAGCUCCUCUUCUCAGCCGACGAGCAGGAGGUGGUGGUGGGCGCAGAGAGGCUCCGUGUGUUGGGCGCCCAAGGAGCCGUGUUCACUAAGUCCUUGGAGACUCCACAUGUUCGGGCAGAACCUUUCAAGGAGCUGCGCCUGGAGUCCCCCACCCGCUCCUUGCUCAUGGAGGCCCCCAAAGGCAUCCAAAUCCUGGCCGAGGCCGGUGACAUCCAAGCCAUCUGCAGGAAUGAGCUGCGACUUGAGUCCAAAGACGGAGAGAUCUCCCUGGACGCCCGCCGUAUCCGCCUGACGCGUCUUCCGGAGGGCAAGGCAGCCUCCGGCUCCUCGUCAUCCGGCACCAGGCAGACGGUCUACGAGGUUUGCGUUUGCCCCAACGGGAGACUUUUCCUCUCCCAAGCUGGCACUGGAUCCACCUGCCAAAUAAGCAACAACGUCUGCCUCUAG